UUAGAGUUCCACACUCUGAAUUCCGCCAUUGUUGCAUCAUCCUCCUAGUAUAAUCAACGACGACGAUGUUGCAAAUCUCAUCCUCCUCCUCCACCUCCACCUCCACCUCCUCCUCAACUUGGAACUAGAACCACAACACCACUACCACAGCACCCUUCGAUCAACCUGUGUCUGUCUGUCUGUCUGUCUGAGAAGAAGAAAAACGGGAGGGGAAAUAAAAAGAAGAAGAAGAAGAAGAAGAAGAAGAAGAGAGAAGUAGUUGUAAUUUUGUGGUAGAAAUGGCUGCCCUAAUCUAUCAGAUAUUCUCAUCGUCAGCUCUGAUAUCCAUGGGACUGUACCAUCUCAUUUCCACCACCAGGAACCACAUCAAAUCCCCUCGCGACUACUUCGCCAAACCCUACCAUCCCUUGUCAGCCUCAGCCUCAUCCUCAUCCUCAUCUCGUCUCAAGCACCUCCAGCUUUACCUUGUCAUCAUCUGCCUCCUCAUCGCCUUCGUCCACCAAACCCUAAUCUCCACGGACUCCGACCCACUCCUCAAGGGCCGCACCCCCGUCCACCGCUUCACCUCCCUCCAGUCCGCCGGCGUCCUCUUCCUCUUCCUCAUCCUCUCCCUCUCUCUCCUUAUCUCCGACUCCACCUCCCUCCUCCCCUUCCCCCCCGAUCUCUUCUUCGGCCUCGCCUCCGCCAUCUUCUUCCUCCAAUACUCCAUCUCCUCCACCGCCGCCUCCCUCCAGACCUCCGAUCUCCAGGCCAAGUGCGACUCCGUCUCCGCCCGCAUCUCCGCCCUCUCCGCCCUCCUCUGCCUCUCCCUCGCCUGCCACCCCAGGCUCUUCGUCGCCGACCUCGCCCUUGGGGCUUCCCUCUGCCUUCAGGGACUCUGGGUGCUUCAGACCGGCCUCUCUCUCUACGUCGAUGCCUUCAUACCUGAAGGAUGCCACAAGCUUCUCGACGUUGUCCGCGGCGUCGACGGUUCCACCAAGUGCGAUUUGGACGACUCCAAGCUCAGGGCCGUCGCAAUCCUCGAUCUGAUGUUUGUCAUCCACGUCGUCUUCGUUGUCCUCGUUGUCAUGCUCACUUAUGCUGUCGUUGCCAAGACUGUUGGAAUCAGGAGGUUUGGAUCUUACGAGGCCUUGCCUACUGUGGCUUCUGCUGCUGCCGCCGACUCCAAUCACAUCCAGAUGAAGGCUAUGACGGGGACCCAGGCCUGAUCUCUCUUUCCUUUGUAUUCUUUGGAUCAUUUUUUUUUUUUUUUUUUUUUUUUCUCUUUUCUAAUUUUGUUACUCAGUGUUCUGUUCUGUGGUAAUGCUUUGAAGAACUUCUUGUCCCUAUUUUUGUUGUUCACAAAACUUUGUAACCUCUUAGCAUUUUCAAGGGAUUUUAGUGUAUACAAAAGCAAUUUACUCUUUUUUCUUGUUUGGCUUACUUGGCUGGCUCCUCAAUCCCCUGUGUUUUCUUAUUUCCUGCCAAACAAGAUUUUUUAUCUCACGCUGUCUGCUGAAUGUAAGUAUUCUUUGCCUCGGUUAGAUGUGCUUGAA